UGAAUCUCUCUAGGGUUUUAGCAGAGUCUACGCAACUCCAAUCGAAGUCCGAGAACAAGGAUGGCGACCAAAUCGCUGAUCCGAAACGGAGCUUCGCUGGCGAGCCGCCUCCUGACGAAUCCUCUCCUCCGUUGGAACCCUAGCCCGGCCCAACGCCUCGUUUCUCCGAGCCUCGAGAUCGCGCCGAGGCUGUUCCCUUCCGUCUCCAAACCCGAUGCCGCUCUCCAUUUGUACCAGAGCGACGCCGAUUCGCUCGAACGAGUCUCUUCCCACCGUUUCCUUCAUCCUUUCGGCCUCCCGUCUCUUAGCUUCUUCUUACCCGACGGUGAUGUCAACUCGUCGAGUGAUCCAAUGCUCAUGGCCACAAAGCGGACAUACCAGCCCAGUACCAUUAGGCGCAAGAGGACGCAUGGAUUCUUUGCUCGAAAGUCAACCAAGGGUGGUCGGAGAGUCAUUGCUCGAAGAAUAGCAAAAGGCAGGUCGAGAAUUACAGCUUAGUAUCUCUAUCAUGGCCCAGUUGCAAUCGAUAUCGUUGCAGACCUGUACCUUCCAUCACAAUGAGCCAAUUUUUUAGUUAGAAGAGUCCGCUCAAGGACAGCUCAGCAUGCUACUAACGUCCGAUGUGGAAUGUGAACUCAUUUCUUAAAUGACAGCAACGUUUUCUGUUGAAGUCUUCUUCCCUCUCUGUCAUGCUUCUUGGAAUGAUCCUUUAAGAAUUUCUCUUUGGUUCAACCAUGUGUCUGUGUCGUCAGUUCGCAUUCUAUUUUGGCUCUUCUGGAAAUAAUAAUGGAGCAAUGACUUAAUGUAUCAUGAAUUUUCCAAAUGCCCGGGAUGUUUAAUCUUUAGGGUGAGCUUUCUAGGGGAGCUCUGAAUAUC